CAGCUUCCCGCUGUCUUUUAGCUCGUACUGACACACUGCCUGUAUCGAAGAACCAUACCUCACCCGCGCUGCCUGAACACCUAACAAGCCUGAGACAUCCAUCCGCCUCAGCCAUCCAUUCUGCAAGCCUUGUGCCUGGUUUUGCCGUGGCACCAAUCCCCAUCGCGUAACCGCCGAGCGUGCGCCCAAGCCUGAGAGUGUCGUUAUAUCAAAAGCCGUUGCCUCGUGAAGUGGGAAGGUUGUAAAGACUACUGGUGGUUCUUGGACAAUAGGAUUGGGAUUUCUGGGUUUCUUUCGCUUUCAUCGACGCCGCGGGUUCGGUUUACGACCAUUUACUUUCGCUUAAUCGUCUUGCCUUCUACACCAUGGGCAAGUUAAUCAAGAACCACUGGGCGCGUCUGGUCGUUCUGACAGCCGCUGCAUACCAAAUAGCCGCAGCCUUGGAAUCCUUCUUCUGGCCAAAAAUAUUCUGGGACUUUCUCACCAAGAACCUCGAUUCCGCCGUAAAGCCCUUCCCGAUCCUGCAAAUCCUAAACAUCCUUCUCGGCCUCCUGGGGCUUUGCUGGGAAUGGCCUUUACCACUACUCGCCGGCACAGGGCUGCACCGAAGCAUUGAGGCACGACUUAUUGUGUACCCGCUGAGUGCGCUGUGUGCGUUGCUUAUUUAUCAGGGCACGAAUAGCGGGUUGUACUAUAUCAUUGGAAUGGGGGCGUAUUUUUGGGCGUAUAGUGAGGGCGAGGUUGUUUGCCCUGAGCCGUGGACACUACCCAAGCGAAGCUCAAUGGUGCGGAAACUGGCAGCAUAAGCCAGUGCGGCGAGCACAUUACUUCUCUAUUAUCCUUAGCGUAACGACUUCACGUACGGCUGGUCCAUGAUGACUGCGUACACUCAUCACGAAGCGCAACCAACAUCUGCAUCAGCAUUGCAUUUACUAGUUAGAACCGCGCAAGCAAAUCACAAUACCCAAUACUAAUGUCACGAAUCACC